AUGGACAGCCCCAUCACCACCCUCGGUGUGACCACCCUGUCCAUCCACCGCGUGGCCGCGACCCUGGAGAAGCUCAUCAGCCGUGUGGAGGAGCCGGGAUCCCCCUCGCUGCUCACGGAAGAGCUGUCCCGCAGGCUCUGCCUCCAGGACCCGAAGGAGCGGCUGAAGACGACGGCGGUGGCCCUGGUGGUGUGCCUCAACAUCGGCGUGGACCCGCCCGACGUGGUCCGCGUGUCGCCCUGCGCGCGCACCGAGUGCUGGAUCGACCCGCUGAGCAUGCCGGCGGCCAAGGCCCUGGACGCCAUUGGCAAGAGCCUGCAGGUGCAGUACGAGCGCUGGCAGCCGCGCGCCAAGUACAAGAUGCACCUGGACCCCACCACAGAGGACGUGAAGAAGCUGGCCACCUCCAGCCGGCGCGCGGCCAGGGGCGAGCGCGUGCUGUUCCACUACAAUGGGCACGGCGUGCCGCGCCCUACCGCCAACGGCGAGAUCUGGGUGUUCAACCGCUCCUACACCCAGUACAUCCCGCUGUCGCUGUACGACCUGCAGACCUGGCUGGGCACGCCCGCCAUCUACGUCUUUGACUGCAGCACCGCGGGCCAGAUCCUGCACAGCUUCAAGCAGUUCAUGGCGCAGCGCGCGCAGGAGGCGGAGGGCUACGCGCCUGGGGCGGCGGGCAACGGCAGCGCCUACGCGCCCUCCUCCGCGCCCUCCACCGCCAGCUCCCUCCCGGAGGGCGGGCUCCCCCCCAGCCACCCGCCCGCCGACCCCAUGCGCUCCUGCAUCCUGCUGUGCGCCUGCGGCGAGGCCGACGUGCUGCCCCAGACCGCGGACCUCCCCGCCGACCUCUUCACCGCCUGCCUGACCACCCCCAUCAAGGUGGCGCUGCGCUGGUUCUGGGCGCGCAGCGCGCCGCGCUGGCGCGACGCGCUGCCCGAGGAGGAGCUGCGCGCGGGGCUGGCGGACCGAGUGCCCGGCAAGCAGACGGACCGCAAGACGCCGCUGGGCGAGCUGAACUGGGUGUUCACCGCCAUCACCGACACCAUCGCGUGGAACGUGCUGCCGCGUGCGCUCUUCCAGCGCCUCUUCCGCCAGGACCUGCUGGUGGCCUCGCUGUUCCGCAACUUCCUGCUGGCAGACCGCGUGAUGCGCGCGCACGGCUGCACCCCCGUCUCCCACCCGCGCCUGCCGCCCACGCACCAGCACGCCAUGUGGCAGGCCUGGGACAUGGCCGCCGAGGCCUGCCUGCUCCAGCUGCCCGCCAUGCUGGCGCCGGGCAGCACGGUGGAGUACGUGCCCUCCCCCUUCUUCUCCGAGCAGCUCACCGCCUUUGAGCUCUGGCUGGAGCACGGCUCGCCGGACAGGCCGCCCCCAGAGCAGCUGCCCAUCGUCCUGCUGAGCCAGGUGCACCGCCUGCGCGCCCUGGUCCUGCUCGGCCGCUUCCUGGACAUGGGCUCCUGGGCGGUGGACCUCGCGCUCUCAGGUGCACCUGGGGUCCUGCUGAGCCAGGUGCACCGCCUGCGCGCCCUGGUCCUGCUCGGCCGCUUCCUGGACAUGGGCUCCUGGGCGGUGGACCUCGCGCUCUCAGUGGGCAUCUUCCCCUACGUGCUCAAGCUGCUGCAGACCACGGCCGCCGACCUGCGCGCCACCCUAGUCUUCAUCUGGGCCAAGAUCAUGGCCUGGGACGCCAACCCCCAGGUCCAGGGCGACCUGGUGAAGGACGGCGGGCACGUGUACUUUGUCAAGCAGCUGGACGCGCGCGGGUCUGGGCCCGGCGGCCCCGGCGCGGCGCCGCCCGCCGCCGCCGAGUCACGCGCGCAGGCCGCCUUUGUGCUGGCCGCGCUCUGCGACGGCCACCCGCGCGGCCAGCUGCUUUGCGCCAAGGCCGGCCUGCUGGGCGCGGUGCUGGGCCAGAUGCCACAGGCGCUGGCGGCGCUGGCCGCCGGCCCCGGCGCCGGCGGCGACGGUCAGAGCCGGCGCUCCAGCGCGCUGCUGGUCAAGUGGCUGGCCCUGGUGCUGGGCAAGGCGGUGGAGGGCCAGCCCGCCCUCUGCGCCGCCGCCAUGGCAGAGCAGGCGCACGACAUCGUGGCCAGGCUGCUGGCCAGCGCCGACCCGGAGGUGCGCGGGGCGGCCUGCUUCGCGCUGGGCGCGCUCAUCCAGGUGGACCCGGGCGAGGAGGAGGCGGAGGGCGAGGGCGAGGCCGCCGGCGCCCAGCCCCCGGCCUCGGAGCGCUGGAAGCAGGAGCGCGCCAUCGCCUGCAGCCUCAUGGAGAUGGUCUACGACGCCAGCCCCGUCGUCAGGGGCGAGGUGGCGUGCGCGCUGGGGCGCCUGGCUUCGGGCCAUGGCCUGCUCUUCCAGGCGGCGGCCAUCGAGGAGCUGGGCCCGCCGCACGCCACCUGGCUGCACGAUCCCUCGCCGGAGCUGGUGAAGGCCGGCGUGCACCAGGUCGAUGGGGGGCGCGAGGCGGGACUGAACGCAUGCAGGGGCCUGCAAACCUCCGGCCCGCACCGCGCCUGCCUGCAGGAGGGCGUGCACGCGGUGGACACCGGCUCCCAGCGCGUGACGGCGGUCAUGCUGGACGCGCUGCGCCCGCUGCUGGUCACCGCCGACGGCGAGGGCUGGGUGCGCGUCAGCACCCUCGUGUACGUGGCCGACAGCCAGGGCGGCGUCCGCAUCUUCGACCUCCGCGCCUCCGUCGCUGCGCCCGUGGCGGGCCUGGUCCACCUCCGCUCGCGCCUGGCGGGGCUGGCGGUGGAGCCGGGCGGCGCGCCGCACCAGCUCGUGCUCGGCUACCCCGGCGGCUCCCUGGCCUUUGCCGACCUGCGCGCCGGCGGCAGCGGCGGCGACGGCGGCCAGCAGGGCGGCGUGUGGAAGGUGGUGGAGGCGCACAGCAAGCCCGUCAUGGCGGUGCUGGCGGGGCACCCCCACGCCCCCCUCCUUGCCACGGCCACCACGGGGCAGGUGGUCAAAGUGUGGUCCCCCACGGGCGACCCGCUGGGCGUCAUCCGCGCCCACACCUCCUUCCUCUCCCACCGCCCGGGCCCCAUCACCUGCCUGGCCUGGGCGCCUUACGACCUGCACCUGGCCUCAGGGGGGCAGGACCGCGUGGCGGCCGUUUACCACGUGGGGCCGGGCGGCGGCACCGGCCUUUCCUCCUCCUCCCGGCCCCCCGCCGCGCCCAGCAGCAGCAUCGGCCUGGCGUCCUCCGCCCACCCCUGA